CUUGCGGUGGCUGGAAAGUACUGAUUGGAGGGAAAACGGAAAGUAAUGAAACAGGGAUUCUCUCUGAAUGCUGGCAGUAACUCUUUCCAUUUAAAUUCCACGUAAACCUUUCAGCACAUAACAUUAUUGUACAAGAGGUCCUCCAGGCACCUUUUUAAGUUGAGCAUCACACAGAGUUCCUCUGGUCAGCAGAGGACAAAUAGCACAAGCUGUAGUCCAAGCUCCCUCGUUACUUGUUGUGGAAUCUGAAAAGCAUUAUUCCUAAGAUGGCCCCGACCUGCCUGCAGACCCUGCUGAGAUGCCGGUCCUUCGCCAUCCUCUUCCUCACGCCGCUGCUGCUUCUGCCGCUGCCGAUCGCUGUGCCGACGCGGGAGGCCAAAUGUGCGUAUAUGAUCAUCAUCAUGGCUGUGUACUGGUGCACUGAAGUGAUCCCACUGGCUGUUACCUCCCUCAUGCCUGUGGUAUUUUUCCCUCUGCUUGGAGUUCUGAGCUCUAAAUCAGUGUGCUUUCAGUACCUAAAUGACACAAGCAUGCUCUUCGUUGGAGGGCUGAUUGUUGCAAUUUCUGUUGAACAUUGGAAUCUUCACAAAAGGAUUGCGCUGAGGGUGCUGCUGAUUCUUGGGGCGAAACCUGCACUCCUCAUGCUGGGAUUUAUGGUUGUCACUGCUUUCCUGUCCAUGUGGAUAAGUAACACAGCGACCACUGCUAUGAUGGUUCCCAUUGUCCAGGCUGUCCUGGAUCAAAUGGACACCACAGAGUAUGAUAUGACCACAGUGGAACAAGCAACUGGGCAAACAAACAAAGUGAUCGAGCUGGAGGAAAAGAAUGCAUCAGAUCCCACUUCAGCACAUGCCACAGGCAGUGGACAAGACCCUGAUGAUGCCAGAUCUGAGGAAAAGAAGAAGAGGAAGCGGAUAUGUAAGGGAAUGACACUUUGCAUAUGCUAUGCUGCCAGCAUUGGGGGAACUGCAACACUCACUGGAACAGCACCAAACAUGGUGUUGAAAGGCCAGAUGAAUCAGUUAUACCCCAACAAUAACGAUAUUGUGAAUUUUGCUUCCUGGUUUGGGUUUUCAUUCCCAAACAUGAUUCUUAUGUUGGUACUAGCUUGGCUUUGGUUACAGUGCUCCUUCAUAGGACUCAACUUUAAGGAAAGCUGGGGCUGUGGAGCAGAGAAAAGUGAUAAAGAAAAAGCUGCGUACAAUGUGCUGAAGACAGAAAUGAAGAAGUUAGGCCCUAUCUCUUAUGCUGAAUUCAAUGUCCUCCUGAUGUUUAUUUCUCUGGUUCUCUUGUGGUUUUCCAGACACCCAGGCUUCGUAAAAGGCUGGGCUGCUGGGCUCUUCCCAGGAGGAGAAAAGUAUAUCACUGAUUCUGCUCCUGCUAUGUUUAUUGCCUUGCUACUCUUUAUCCUUCCUGCUAACAAACCCAAAUUCACAAGCUGGAAUGCAAGCACAUCUGACCCUGAAGAGACUAAAGAAGAUACAAAAAAGCCAUUUUUAACAGCCCCGCUGCUAGAGUGGAGUGUGGUUCAAAGGAAGAUGCCCUGGAGUGUUGUGCUGCUGCUGGGAGGAGGUUUUGCAUUGGCUGAUGCAAGUGCAAAAUCUGGGCUCUCAGUUUGGCUGGGUCGUCAAAUGACUCCAUUAGGAUACAUCCCACCAUGGGCCACUGCAACGGUACUUUCGCUUACAGUAGCUGUCUUCACAGAAUGCACCAGCAAUGUCGCCACAGCCACCCUCUUCCUACCUAUCUUUGCAUCCAUGGCUGCAUCUGUCAAAAUCAAUCCUUUGUAUCUUAUGCUGCCUGGUACUCUCAGUACUUCCCUUGCCUUCAUGCUACCUGUUGCAACACCACCAAAUGCAAUAGUGUUUUCCUAUGGCCACAUCCAUGUUUUGGAUAUGGUUAAAGCUGGAAUAGUGAUGAACAUUAUUGGAGUCUUCUGUGUCUCAGUGGCCAUCAACACAUGGGGAAGACCUAUGUUUGGGCUGGACACAUUCCCAGCAUGGGCAAACACCACAGCUAUCCCAUGAACAGUGAAGAAUUCAUGUGUUCAAGAAGGAAAGGACCCUUAAUACUCCUCUCUAUUGCCCAAAGGCCUAUACAGAGUCUCAUCACCACUUCAGAUCCAGUGUCAGGUGUUUGUUUCCUUCUGGGAGGCACACAUCAGUUCAGGAUGAACCAGCUGUUCUAUCAAAUGGUUUGAACUAUCCUAUCACCAGUAUGGACUUGUAAAUCAUUAGUGUUGACCACUGCACUCAAGCAGGUGCUGAAAAUUCAUUACCUGUUACUUGCAUCCGCAAGUCAGCAGCUAUACAAAGAUAUUCUUGUUUCUUGUCUAGUGAAAGAAGGGG